UGCGUCAUUCAGGGCAAAAGGCUUCACUGGUUCUUUCCAGUUGUUUUGAAAAUGGCUCUGCGACCAGGAACUGGUGGAGCCGGCAGCUUCAUGUACCCUGUGGGAGGGGGCCUGGGCCCGUCUCAAGGAGUUCCCAUGCAGCCACAGCAGCCGCAGCAGGGCUUUCCUAUGGUGCCCGUAAUGCCUCCCAACAUGCAGGGGAUUGUGGGUAUGAACUUCGGAGCCCAGCUGCCCCCGGGGGCCAUGCAGAUGCAGGGGGGCAUGGCCAUGGGGAUGCAGAUGAUGGGGCAGCCCCAGUUCAUGGGCUUGCGGGCCCCCGGGCCCCAUUACACCGCAGACAUGCAGAAGCAGAUGGUGGAGGACCGUCAGAAGCACAUGGAACAGCAUCAGCGCAUGCUGGAGGAGGAGAGGAAGAGGAGGCAGUUUGAGGAGCAGAAACAGAAGCUGCGGAUGCUGAGCAGCAUCAAGCCCAAGAUGGGGGAGAAGAGUCGGGACGACGCGCUGGAGGCCAUAAGGGGAAACCUGGACGGAUUCAGCAGAGACGCCAGGAUGCACCCCUCGGCCUCCUCGCACCCCAAGAACCCAGACUCAUCGUCAUCCCACUCUUCUGUCACCCUUCACCCCCCUCCCCCCGCUUUCCCCGAGGACGACGACGAUUUUAGCGACUUUAUUCAGGGCCCCUCUGCCCCCGCCCCUGCCCCUGCCCCCGCCCCGCCCGUCCCGUCCUCCUCACCCUCCCUCAGAGCAGGCGCAGGUCACUGGCCUGUUGUAGACGGAGGCCCGGGGCAGCGACCCAAAUCUGCCCCCCGACCCCAAAUUCUCUCUCACUCUAUGCCCUUCCCACCAGCCUCCCAACCCUCUACUGUCACCUCCAGCUCUCAGUCUGCAGCCAAAGGAGUCGGGGUCUUCCCUCAGCAAGAGCACAUCCAGCCCAUGGCCCCAUCUUGGCUCUACAACGACAGCCUUGUUCCAGAUCUGUACAGGCAGGUGCUUGAGUUCACCAUGACCCCAGCAGGCAUAGACACCGGAAAGCUCUACCCCAUCCUGAUGUCAUCUGGGCUGCCCAGGGAGGCGCUGGGGCAGAUCUGGGCCACAGCCAAUCGCACGACGCCUGGCAAGCUGACGAAGGAGGAGCUGUACACCGUGUUGGCCAUGAUUGGUGUGACCCAGAACGGGCUACCAGCAUCCCUGGAUGUGCUGAGCCAGUUCCCCUCCCCGCCAUUGCCUAACCUGCCUGCUGUUGCCAUGGUGCUGCGCCAGCACCAGCACCAGCACCAGCAGCCCAGCAUGCCCCAGCCUCCUGUGCCCAUGGUGAUGCCCGCUGCCAUGGCGCCGGCCAUGGGCAUGACCCUCCCUGCUCCCGCCAUGGCCCCCAGCACUGCCACGCAACCCACCGCCGGCUUCGUCACCAACUUCCCUCCUGCUCAGGAGGCCAAACCCGAGGACGAUGAUUUCCAGGAUUUCCAGGAGGCCCCCAAGGCGGGGUCAGGGGACGUCUCUUUUGCUGACUUCCAGGGAGAGACAGGGGGCAGCUUCUCCUGCCUCGCUCCCUCCCAACCCCAGAGCAGCGCUCCUCCAAUGCUGAUGCCAGUGUCCGGAGCGUCGUCGUCGUCCUCCUCUGACAGAUACGCCGCCUUCAAGCAGAUGACUGUGGGGCCGGCCCCCUCCCUGCCCACGGCUUCAGAUCCUGGGGAUAAAUACAGCAUUUUCAGGCAGCUUGACCAUUCUGCAGAUCAGAAGUGUGUAGGUGAGGGAUCUGAGGACUUCUCUUCCCCUGCUGCCGACGACGGCUUCACAAGCUUUAAAACUGCCGACAGUGUUUCCCCACUAGACCCUCCCAGCCAGGCCAAGAUUUUCCAGCCAGCUUUCCCUCCUUCCUCUCCUCAGUGCCCCUCUCACUCUCUCCCCCAGCAGCCUCACAUGUCCCCUCUCCCUCAGCCCAAAGCCACCUCACUCAGUGUAGCAGACUUGGACCUCUUUUCUUCUCUGGCCCCUGGCCCUGCUCCCGCCCCUGCAGCCUCUGCGGAGGCCACGCCCCCAGCCCAUCCCUCUGCUCCGCCUCCUCUAGCAGCCCCCCCGGGAGGAGGGGUCAGGCCCCAUGCGGGAGGAAUGGGGAACUUUGGAGACUUUGCGCUCUUCGGCUCCAUGCCCUCCUCCUCCUCCUCCUCGGUAAUGGGCGUGGCUCCCUUGGGAGACGGGGUGGCCCAGGACGACUUCGCCGACUUUGCGGCCUUUGGUGGCUCUGGGGCGCUUGAAGGCGAGGCGCAGGUUGGGGGGAGCGGGGUUGGGGGCGUGGCCGGCCUCGUGGGAACGCCCCCCCGGCAGCGCUCCUCGGACAAGUACGACGUCUUCAAGCAGCUCUCUCUGGAGCUGUCCAAGGAGAGCGGGGCCGGCUCCCUGUCCUCCCUGCGCAGCGACGGGGACGACCUGGCCGACUUUCCCCCCUCCCGCCUCUGCGCCAGCCUGACCGCCUCCGACCGCAGCCUGGCGGGCAGGGCCAAGGAGGACUGCGCCUCCGUCAAGUCCCUGGACCUCCCGUCCAUCGGGGGCAGCAGCGCGGGCAGGGAGGACUCGGAGGAUGCGCUCUCCAUGCAGCUGGACAUGAAGCUGUCGGACUUGGGCGGGGACCUGAAGCACGUGAUGUCGGACAGCUCCCUGGACCUGCCCAGUCUCUCUGCCCCUCCGCCCCCUGCUGCAGAAGCGGAUGAUUUGAAGUUCGAUCCCUUCGGCACGUCUGUGGCCAGCGGCGCGGUCGGCUACGAUUGGCCGGACAAGGAGGACUCCUCGGCCAGUCACGGGGCGAAGGUGCCCGCGGGGCCGUCGGCCGCGCCCAGCAAAGAGUCGGUCGGAACCUCGGACUCCGCCGCCACCCACGCCAGCCCGGCCAAGCCCGCCGUUCUCCCCACCAAGGACGGCCCUCCCGGGAACGCCAACUUCGAAGCGUUCGCUGAUUUUGUGUCUUUCAACGAAGGGGGCGCCGGCGGGGAUGACGAAUUUGGGGACUUUGCUGUCAUCGUGGCGGAGAAGCCUGACUCCCCCCGCCCCCCGGCUGACCCCUCCCUCGACGGAGCCCAGGGCGAGGUCACCGACGAGUUUGGGGCCUUCCAGGGCGACAAGCCCAAAUUUGGCAAAUUUGACUUCCUCAAGGCCAGCUCCCAAGCGAAGGUGAGGUCCAGCGAGGAGAUGAUCCAGAGCGAGCUAGCAACCUUUGACCUCUCUGUACAAGACUCCCAGAAGAGGAGCCACAGCCUGGGAGAUAAAGAGAUGGGACGCUCCACCCCCUCGCCCGCCCCCGAGCAGCCCCACCGCGACCGCUCCAACACCCUGAGCGAUAAACCCACUCUGCCCGUCAUCCGCGACAAGUACAAGGACCUGACCGGGGAGGUGGAGGAGAGUGAGCGCUAUGCAUACGAGUGGCAGAGGUGUUUGGAGAGCGCGCUGCAGGUCAUCAGCAAGGCCAACAACACCCUCAACAGCAUCAGCAGCUCAGCCAUCUGCACAGAGGUGAUCCAGUCCGCUCAGGGAAUGGAGUAUCUGCUGGGUGUGGUGGAGGUGUACCGGGUCACCAAGCGGGUGGAGCUGGGCAUCAAGGCCACGGCUGUGUGCUCCGAUAAGCUUCAGGAGCUGCUGAAGGACGUCAGCCGGGUGUGGAACAACCUGAUGGGCUUCAUGUCCCUGGCUAAGGUCACGCCUGAUGAGAGCUCGCUGGAUUUCUCCUCCUGUAUCCUGAGGCCUGGUAUAAAGAAUGCCAAGGAGCUGGCCUGUGGAGUGUGUCUGCUGAAUGUGGACUCUCGCAGCAAGGCUUUCAACUCAGAGACCGACAAUUUCAAGCUGUUCUACGGGGGGCACCAGUACCACGCCAGCUGUGCCAAUUUUUGGAUCAACUGCGUGGAGCCCAAGCCGCCAGGCCUCAUUCUGCCAGACCUGCUCUGAGGCUCUGCCCGCCGGCGCCAUGGUAACACGCGCGCGUGGUAAUCGGCUGUGGUGGUUGAAAGCGUUCCAGCUCCCGGAGCCACACGUCGAGGUUAACCUUGCCUUCAGGGGCGAAUGCCGAAAUCAUGGUGGCCUGCCUGAAAAAGCUCAACUCGAUUUGUUUUUUGUUCAUUAUUUGUAUUAUUUAUUUAUUCACGGUUUUUUUAAAAUUUUUUUUUUUUACUCAUUUACUUCUGGAACCGCUACCACCUAGCAGUGGAAAUGCACAGUUGUGGUUGAACACAAGGCUGGGUCUGUGUGGAAAAUGCUGCUCUCUUGUUACACUGUAAUGUAAUACCCAUCUUGUGCUGUCAUUGUUUUGCUGUUGUUUUUCCCCCCCUUUCUUCUUCUUUAUCCUCGCCUGUCCCUGGCAAAUCGCUGCUGAAAGCCCCAUGUUUACUGCCAGGCUUUCAGGGCACUUAACUCUCGCUUUCUUCUGAGCGAGGCAGCAAAUAGCUGUGCUGGUACUGCUGCGUGUACAACAAUGCUAAAUAUCUGAAAUAAUGUCGGGAUGAGGGAGUGGGGCAUUCUGAAAGAGGGCGGAACUGAGCUCUGGGGACUGUUGGCUAGAUUGGGGAGCACCUCCCUUUUUUGGCCUAAAAGUUCAAAUAUAAUCCCCUCCAAUACUGGCCAAGUGAGUGUCUGCUAUGGCAUAUCACUGAAGGUGGGUCUAGAUGUAGGAUGAGGUGGCUAUUGAUUCAAUGCAGAGUAUGAACUUUGAAAAGCUGUAGUAACUAAUCGUUAAAGAUGCGGUUUUUAAAUGAAGUGGAGAGAGAGCGAUAAUGUGGUAAUUGUAGUCUUCAGGCCUAAUGCUGUCUCUUUGUCUACUUGUUUAAACUAUUUUCUGUUGGGCUGUGGUAUCUUUCCUGCUGGAACUAAGGCUGUUUGGUUGCUGGGUCUUAAAACAUUUUAAUAGAUUUUAAAACGGUAAUUAAACCUUCCAAGGUUCUGCACUGUGCUGAAAGGCAGCGAUAUUCUUUCGAAUGAGAAUAUUGUGUGACGUACUGAUUUUGAAUGUCUUUUGUAUAGUUUCUGAGGGGUUGUAUUAUCAUGGUGACUUGGUGAGUAAUUAUGAAGCACUGUAUAUAUUUUGAAAGGGAGUGUGGCUGGGGGAUUUGAACUGGACUCGUCUGCGCAAGUGUCGGGCUGUUGCUCUCUUGCAGUGCCGCCAGUGCGCACCCAGUCUGUGGCAAAGGCAUUUCCAGUCCUCUCUAACUCCUAGUGAUUGCACUUUUUCCAGUCUGUUACCUUUAUUAAAAAAUAAUCACAAUUAUUAACUCCCUGGACAUAGAAGUGAUGGUAUUUGUGUAAUAAAUGAUGAACACUGCAA